AUGACGGAGGAAAAGCACCACAUGGAACAUGAGGAUUAUGAGUCCAGCACCAUCCCACAGGAGGAAAUAAAUGACAGUCACUUUGAAUCAGAGAGGUCUCGCGGGGUUUUAGGGAAUGGCAAAGUGGACAGUGACACCAUUUGGAACGAGCUGCACUCGUCCGGUGCUGCACGCAUGGCUGUUGGCUGUGUCAUUGAGCUGGCUUCCAAAGUGGCCUCAGGAGAGCUGAAGAACGGGUUUGCUGUUGUGAGGCCCCCAGGCCAUCAUGCUGAAGAGUCUGCUGCCAUGGGGUUCUGCUUUUUUAAUUCAGUUGCAAUUACCGCCAAAUACUUGAGAGACCAACUCAAUAUGAACAAGAUAUUGAUUGUAGAUCUGGACGUUCACCAUGGCAACGGUACACAGCAGGCCUUUUAUGCUGACCCCAGCGUCCUGUACAUUUCGCUCCACCGCUAUGAUGAAGGAAACUUUUUCCCCGGCAGUGGAGCCCCGAAUGAGGUUGGAGUAGGCCUGGGAGAAGGCUUCAACAUCAACAUUGCCUGGACAGGUGGCCUUGACCCCCCAAUGGGAGAUGCUGAGUACCUCGAAGCCUUCAGGACCGUCGUGAUGCCCGUGGCCAAAGAGUUUGAUCCAGACAUGGUCCUGGUGUCUGCAGGAUUUGAUGCGUUGGAAGGCCACACCCCUCCCCUAGGAGGUUACAAAGUGACAGCAAAAUGCAAGUAUCUCUUCCAAGAUGUCAUGAAAUGCUAUGACGUCAUAGACCAUUUUGUCCUUUACGAUAUACGAUACCUUUUACAUGAGUUCUGUAAACACUGGGGAGAUGUUUGA